AUGGAAGAUGCAGCAUCAGCACCAACUCAAAGAGCAGUACCAAACCAGAAUACAACACCAGCACCAGAAUCCAAUCCCUAUUACCUACAUCCCAAUGAAAGCUCAUCGCUGGUCUUAGUAUCUCCUUCAAUGAAUGGAAAGAACUUCCACACAUGGCAAAGAUCAAUGCGUAUGGCACUCCUAUCCAAGAACAAGCUUGGUUUUGUUAAUGGAACAAUCAAGAAACCAUAUGAUGACAGUCCUCUAUUUGGUUCAUGGGAAAGGUGUAACACUAUGAUAAUUUCUUGGCUCAAUCGAUCCAUCUCAGAAUCCAUUGCACAAUCAGUGCUUUGGAUGGAGAAAGCAGAUGAUAUAUGGAACAACUUGAAAGACAGGUUUGCUCAAACUGAUAUGUUUAGAAUUUCUGAUCUUCAAGAUGAAAUUUUCAAAUUGCAGCAAGGAGACAAAUGUGUUUCAGAUUACUUCACCCAAUUAAAGAUUUUAUGGGAUGAAUUAGAAAGCUUACAGCCAAUUUUACCAUCUUGCGCAUGUGGAGCAGCAACACAAGUAAAGGAUACUCGUGAAAGGGACUAUGUAAUAAGAUUCUUGAAAGGGUUAAAUGACCAAUUUGAACAUGUGAGAGCUCAAGUAAUGCUAUUAGACCCUCUUCCAUGUGUUAACAAAGUAUUCUCAUUGAUUCUUCAGCAAGAAAGGCGCCUGAAAAUAGGAGUCCAAGAUUCACAAUCUUUCAUCAAUAUUGCUGAACAACAAAAUUCCAGAGGACAACUAGACAGAGGACAGACUCGAUAUCAUCCAAAUUUCAAUCAGAACUUCAACCAAGGUUUCAAUCAAGGAAGAGGCCAAGGUUUUAAUCAAGGAAGAGGCCAAGGUUUCAAUCAAGGAAGAGGUCGUGGAAAUAAGUUUUGCACAUAUUGCAAGAGAACAAACCAUACCAUCGAGACAUGCUAUCUCAAGCAUGGAUUUCCACCAGGAUACCAAACCAGAAGACCAUAUGCUGCUGCUGCUGCUACAAACUUUGUUUCACUAGAAUUUGAUGAUAGU